GAGACAUGCUACAGAAGUAAAUCUGUCUCCUUUUCCUUUCACGGGAAAUUUUUGGUUGUUCCUGUUUGGUAUUUCCAAGUUUCGAAAUCUAGCCAAGACUGUACAUCGGCGCAUGCUCGGUGUGAAACUUGUACUUCCUUUUCCGGUAAUAUCCGCCGUAGCAAACAUGAGUGAGGCCGCUGCUACAAUCCGAACGAGAAAGUUCAUGACUAACCGUCUGCUGAACCGAAAGCAGAUGGUGGUUGAUGUCCUGCACCCAGGGCGGUCAUCUGUGCCUAAAACAGAAAUAAGGGAGAAACUUGCACGGAUGUACAAGACCACACCUGAUGUGGUUUUCACUUUUGGCUACCGGACCCAGUUUGGUGGUGGAAAGUCAACAGGCUUUGGCCUUAUCUAUGACAGUUUAGAAAAUGCUAAGAAAUUCGAGCCAAAGUACAGACAAGCUCGUCAUGGCCUGCUGGAAAUCAAGAGAACAGGUCGUAAGCAGAGGAAAGAAAGGAGGAACAGACAGAAGAAGGUUCGGGGUACAGCCAAAAGCAAAGUAGGCGCCGCAAAGGAUAAGAAGUAAAAAAAAAAUCUUGAAUAAAUAUCCCUGGUAUGUCAAAAA